GGGCCGUGGGCUCUGCAGGCUGCGGCAAAGGCCUUUGCAUAAAUUAUGCUCAUGACGCAGUAGCUAAAAUAUCCCGGGUCUCCAAAUCUGCCCCCCGCGUUCUGUGUCUCCCCCCCCCCCAAGCGGGGCAGGGGCUCGGGUGGCUGCAACUGGGGGAGGAUGCCUGGUGCAAAAGCCCGCGGGCUGCGGUUGCAGAAGGGGUAGAGCCCAGCUGGGCCGGGGGGGCCCUUUCUCUCCCCCCCCCCGCUUUUGUGCGUGCGGCAACCUUCGCUCCUGCUGCUGUGAGAUGAAUUUUUAAUUAUUCCCAGGGAAAAAAAAGGCAAAAGAGCGGCUCGGAGGAGCCCCGGCCGGGGCAGGGGGCGAGCGGGUCCCCGCUGGUGGCGGAGCGGUGCCUCCACAACCUUAGCUUCUGUUGUCUCUGCAAUAUGUGACCCUUCAUACCUCCUUCCAGCAACCAAUCAUGGAUGCAGAAACGGUUCCCCCACAAGAAGCACCCCUCACAGUUAAUGAGCAGGUGAUUGUGAUGUCAGGUCAUGAGACAAUCAGGGUGCUGGAGGUGGGGGUGGAUGCUCCACUCCCUGUAGAGAACACAGGGAAAACUUUGGAAACGACUACAACAGCAUCAGUGGGAGGAGAAGCUCCCGUGAGCUGCCUUCCAAAGCCCAGUGAAACAGGGAGGGAAAGAGUGGAACAACCCACAGAGAAGACACAGGCCAAUUCGGGUGGUGAAGUAAAGACAUUACCGGAAAUAACUCCUGCGCCCGUCCCAGGAGUCAUCCCCUUCAGCCAAGUGACAAGCCAGCAAACACAAACUCUCACACCUGUCACAGUGCAAACUGCACCACAGGUCUUGACUCAGGAAAACUUAGCAACAGUUGUGACAGGCGUAAUGGUUCCAGCAGGGGCAGUUACUCAACCUCUUCUUAUCCCCAUCAGUAUUGCAGGUCAAGUGGCAGGUCAGCAGGGGCUGGCUGUGUGGACAUUUCCUGCAGCAACGGUCGCUGCCCUUCCGGGACUGACAGCCGCCUCUCCUACUGGGGGAAUUUUCAAAUCACCUAUAGCCAAUCUGCAAGCUGCUGCAGUUUUAAACACAGCCAUACAAGCCCCUUUGCAGCCGGCCCAGCCUCUCCAGGCUCAGCAAACAGUCCAGCCACGGCCCCCAGUUCAAACACAGACUGUGUUCCAGCCUCAGACUCAGCCGGCCAUUUUGCCACAGGCCACCACCGCUUCAACACCGCCUGUCGCCAAGCCACUGGAGACGCAAACACAGAUCACGGUUCAGCCGGCGGGAUUUGCCUUUAACCCCGGAAUACUCAGUGCAGCUUCUCUUGGGGCCCCAACCCAGCUUCUCAGCUCUCUGGCUGCCACGCCAGUGAUUGCAAACACUAUUCCCAGUGUGCAAGGGAUUACGGGGCAAAUCCUGACAAAUGCACAGGGACAGGUCAUUGGAACUCUUCCAUGGGUGGUGAACCCAGCUGGCAUUGCUACAGCAAACCCUGUCCCUGCUGCAUUGCCAGCCCAGAAUCUGCAGCUGCAGGCAGUGACACCACAGUUACUGUUAAAUGCCCAAGGCCAGGUCAUUGCCACCUUAGCCAGCAGCACCAUCCAGACAGCAACAACUGUCAGGAAACCAAGCACCCCAGAGUCUCUGGCAAAGAGUGAGGUCCAGCCCAUUCAACCUGCCCCGACAUUAACUCAGCCAGCUGUGGUCAUCGCAAGCCCUCCCCCUGCAACCAAACUUGCUUCUGCUCCUGUCCCCAUUACCUGCUCAGAGACUCCAACAGUCAGCCAGCUGGUUUCCAAACCUCAACCACCAAACAGUGGUAGCGAUGAAGAUGGAAUAAACUUGGAAGAGAUUCGAGAGUUUGCCAAGAACUUUAAGAUCCGACGUCUGUCCCUGGGUCUGACGCAGACCCAGGUGGGCCAAGCUUUAACUGCAACUGAAGGACCUGCAUACAGCCAAUCUGCAAUAUGCAGGUUUGAGAAGUUAGACAUCACCCCCAAGAGCGCCCAGAAGUUAAAACCCGUGCUGGAAAAGUGGUUGAGCGAGGCUGAGCUGCGGAACCAGGAGGGCCAGCAGAACUUGAUGGAGUUUGUGGGGGGCGAGCCCUCCAAGAAGCGUAAACGCCGCACCUCAUUUACGCCACAAGCCAUCGAGGCCCUCAAUGCUUACUUUGAGAAGAACGCCCUGCCAACGGGCCAGGAGAUCACAGAGAUUGCCAAGGAGCUCAAUUAUGACCGCGAGGUUGUCCGGGUUUGGUUCUGUAACCGUCGACAGACACUCAAAAACACCAGCAAACUGAAUGUCUUUCAGAUCCCUUGAAGGAAGGGAUGGGGCUAGGAUUGAGAGCCUCUCUACCCUUUGUUACUGCUCUGAGCACCUUGUGUCUGAUUUCUCCCUGCAUCCUGCUAGUCCUUCUAUGAUGAUGACUAAAGUGGAGGAAAUGAAGUGGAAUUUCCUUUUCUGUCACUGUAUCCAUGCCCUUUUCCCUCACAUGACCCAACUGUGUACAUGUUAUGCUGUGUCCUUCCCUCCUGAGUGUCAUACUGGAGCAAUGAAGGAUGUAGGAAUACAUACACAUUUAGCGUCUUUCUGUCAGACAAAAGAUUGGUCACUUUUUAUUAUUAUUUUGAAAGGACUUCCUGUGUGUUUCAAAAGGUAGCAUUAGGACCACCAGAACAGUGUCCACGAUAUAUUUCCUGUCACAUUUCAAGAGAAAAAAUUUGUGAAAAUGUUAUUCCAUUUGAGUUUCUUUUCACAGACACUGCUAUCUCUCCAUAUGUGGUAACAGAUCUAGUUAACAGCAUCUAAGCAGAGUAGUGGCAUAAUUUAUAUCUUUUUUUCCCUUGUGAAUAUAUUAUUAUUACUGAUAUUAUUAUUGAUAUUAUUGUUAUUAUUACAGAGCACUAUUCAACUAAAGGCCUUUUUAAAUCA